AUGCGUUUUGUUAGUAUACUCACUGCACUUGUAUUGUUAUUGUUGCCACCAGUCGUUGCUGACACUUUUUCAAGCGUGGAAAAGCAGUUUCAUCGACAUAUCAACUUUUUGAAAGGGGCCUUACCUCGACGCAACGCACUUGGUUCUAACAGCACCAACUCAUUAGUGGGUAUUCUGAAUAAAGGCGUUCCCGUGUACUAUGAUGGAGCUCAUUCAAGUAUCUCAACACUAGCAUUUGAAGACAAAACUGAUUUGCACAUUGACCUGGCAAGAGGUAGCACAGAAAUAUCGAUGCCUUCUAAAGUAGUCUCGAUGGUUAAUGAAACUGGUACUUUCCUACAUCCCGUAGCGACUAGUGCCCUACAUUCAAAAAUGACAGGUGAGAGAGAACGCUAUGUGGCUCUCUCAGCUACGACAUCUCCCGUUGCCUCUUACACAUUGAUUCAGCAAAGCGUAUCCACUUCGAAAUUUGACCCACUUGCAGAAAUAAACCGAUUGGAGUUGUUGUUGAUAGAUUUGAAAGAGCAAAUGCAUAGGCAGAAGCUGAGGUUUGAAAAACAGUUGGGGGAUGGAGAUAAGAGCCAGGCGAUUGUUACCUCACUGGAUUUUGCCCCACUCACUACGGAUUAUUCACUAUCAAGGCUAUCUCUGGCACCCACUGUUGACAAGGAGAUUACCGAUUUCGAUGACAUGACUACUGCUACCCAAUCCAAAGUCAACGGGAAGCAGAUUAUGGCAACAAAACCACCUUCAAACUCGGUUAUAAUCAAACCUCAAUUUCAGAAACAUAAAAGUCGGAAAGCAGCGGCAAAGAUGGACUACAAGAAACCGAAAGUUGCUUGGAGUGAAGUUCCAGCUACAACCACUGCAAGAGCAGCUAGAGUUGAUGUGGAUGAAACCUUGGGAGUGCUAAAGGAAGGCGAGUACACGAUCUUGUUUGACAAAGAUCAACAAAUUGGGUAUAUUGACGCAAAUGCUAUUCAGUUUGCGCCCAUAAUUGAUGCAACUAAUGUACCUUCAACCACCCAGUAUGAGGAGUAUUUUGUCAAACUGGCGGUCGAGCAUCCCCACAUUGGAAGGGAGGCCUCGCUGGAGAACGUGUCUCGCGAGACAACUUUUGAACAGUUGAUAACGGUAGAACCAACUACUUCUACAUCAAGAGGACCGGUUUAUGAUCAAGACUUGAUUCAUCCACCACCCAGGAGUGCAGCGUUUUCAACUCAUGCGAAUGAUAUUGAAUAUAGCCCAGGGGGGACGGGUUUUCUUACGUCACGGGACCGUCGAAUGAAGAUGCAGCCUACAAAAAGCUUUAAUUUCGAUGUCUUUGACUUUGAUUCUCAAACAAAGCUCAACUCGGGAAAUUCAGAUUGGAUCCUCAAAGUCACAUUUUUACAUUUACUGCCCGAUAUGUCCGCUGCUGCUGGUACUAUAAACACACCUCCGCCUAAGCCGCAAACUGGACUCAAUAUACUAGAGUUUGACGAAGCCAACGUGAAUUCAUACAUCGAAGAAGAGGAUCAAACGUACAUCUACAACACCACAAACGACGAUAAAUCGUCUGAGGAGGAUGAGGAUUAUGAUGACGACGAAGUAGAGGAUGACUUUCAGGUCUUGUCUAGUAAAAGUUCUGAGACGGAUUUAGACGUGAAUGACUUGAGUCCAAAGGGAGAGGGAAGUAUAAACAGUGAAGGAAAAGUUGAAUCAGUUGGAAUAACGCCCAUCAAAGGCAAGUUUAAUCAGUUUUUGGUCAAGCACGAGAUUCCUAGAAAAGUGUUUCACUCAUCUAUUGGUGUUUUGACCUUGUGGUUGUAUACCAAGGGGACCACAACUCCACAGUUAUUUGUUCCGCUAUUCACAUGUUUUUCAGGUGUCCUAAUAAACGAUUUGGUGAGACUCCAUAAUCCCGAGAUUAACAAAGUUGUCACGUCUCAGAUGUGGUUCAUCAUUCGUGAAAAUGAGAAAAACUCCUACAAUGGAACUUUAUUCUACUUGGCGGGUGUGUUGAUUGUUUUGUAUCUCUACCCCAAGGACAUUAGUGUUUUGAGUAUCCUUUUAUUGAGCUGGGCUGAUACUGCUGCUUCGACUGUUGGCCGCAAGUUUGGCAAGUACACCCCCAAGUUAGGAAAUAGAAAGUCUUUGGCUGGUUCAUUGGGUAGCUUUGCAGUGGGUACGUUUGCAGCAUAUUUACUCUAUGGGUACUUUAUCCCUGGAUAUGAUGUCAAUAAGCCUGGCGACAUAUACUGGACACCACAACUGAGUAGGUUGAAUUUUCAUGUUUACUCCAUUCUUGUUGGAUUUAUUGCUAGUGUUUCAGAACUCAUUGAUAUUUGGGGAUUAGAUGAUAACUUCACAAUCCCAGUAUUGAGUGGGACAUUGAUUUAUUGGUUGGUGCGUUUAUUUCAUACUUAG